UGGGGGGGGGAAGGGUGUGCGUGCAGUCGAAGCUGGGAGUUACACUAAAGUAGCCAGGAAGUAAGUUCGAGUUUCCUUUUUUUGUUGCCGACGAGAAAAAGAAAAGCGGAGCCGCUCGCUGUGUAGACGGGAACACACGUUGAAAUCUGGGUUAGCCUAGAGAAGGAAGGAAACGGUUUGAAAGGACUGAGAGCCUUGGAGAAUAUACACAAGGAUCACUAGCAGGGCUGGACUGCAUUGCCGUGCAGUUCACUCAUCCUCAAUCACACACACACACCAGAGAAUACCUGCGCAAAACCGGGGGGGAGAGCGACGAAAAGGCAGACCGGGUCCUCGACUGGGAGUGCUGUUGCUUUUAAAAAAAAAAAAAAACAAGACAUAAAAAAAGGUUACGAAAGAUGCCACGGGUCGUCCCCGAUCAGAGAAGCAAAUUUGAGAACGAGGAGUUCUUCAGGAAACUGAGCAGAGAGUGUGAGAUCAAAUAUACGGGAUUCAGAGAUCGCCCACACGAAGAGAGGCAAGCUAGAUUUCAAAAUGCGUGUCGGGACGGCCGUUCGGAGAUAGCUUUUGUGGCGACAGGAACCAAUCUGUCUUUGCAGUUUUUUCCUGCAAACUUGCACGGGGAACAGAGGCAAACGCCAACCAGAGAAUAUGUGGAUUUCGAGCGAGAGACCAGCAAGGUUCACCUCAAGGCCCCCAUGAUCCUGAACGGGGUCUGUGUGUUCUGGAAGGGCUGGAUCGACCUGCAGAGACUGGAUGGUAUGGGCGUCCUGGAGUUUGAUGAAGAAAGAGCACAGCAAGAGGAUACUGUAGUGCAGCAGGCCUUCGACGAGCAGAGGAGAAGGACUCGAGACUUUGAUGACAGAGACCGGUCUCAUCGGGAGGACUUGGAGGACCUGGUUGGAUCAAAAACCUGGACUGUUGAUGGCUCUCAAGGAUCAGGGCAAGGCGUCAGCAGGACCCGAGCCCGGGAUCCAGCAUGGGGAGCGGAGACGACCUCAAACUUCGCUGAUCGCUGCUGAGAGCGGUGGGGGUGUGGGGCUGUGUGCGUAGAUGUUUACAGGGGACCAAAGUUGAGAGGGGGCUAGAGGGGUUCCGGUAGCCCUUCUCCUGGCCUGUGGCAGGGGAAGUUUCUCUCCUUCUGCCAGGGUUUUGCACUAUGUUUGUGUUACAGUACCCACAUUACCGAUCGCAUGCAUGUAGCUAGUAGCACCUCUGCGUGUCAGUUUUGUUUCCUAUGCAAGCUUAUUUUUAAUUGUGUGUGUUUAGGUUUUUUUUUUUUAAUUGGCACUAUUUUUAAAUAAGCAAAAAAAAAAAAAAAG